CACAACAAACUGUACAAGCUUAUUGGUUUGUCGGACUCACAAGAAAGGUAAUGACACGUGGUCACGCGUCUUUUGUUUUCUUCGGUGCCUUACCAAAAGUUUACCAAGUGGCUCACGACUAUAAAACCAACUCACACAUCCACCAUAACAAAUAUCUAACAAUCCCCAUUGAUCACUGUCCUGCACAGCGAGGACCAUACAAUAUAGAGUAAUGUCUACAUUCGACAAUCUCAUUCAGGACUUGACUCGCGACAUAUGUCGAGUGCAACCUAAAGACGCCCUCCAGUUCUGCGCUACUUGGUUUCAGUCUCGGCUGGAAGAACAGCGGACGCGAACGCGAGACGCCCUGCAACAACGUGGUCUCUCCACGGUUCAUGAGCUACCAUCCGAAUUUUAUUUGGACUCCCCCGUUAAUAUUGGUCCUCGUAACUCCACACCCACUCCCAUUUCUCCGUUUUCUCAGGUUCCUCAGCGUCGUGCACCCUCACUCCAUGCGGGUUUCUCGCACAGCCCAUUUGGGACUCUUAAUGUGCCGGGAAAUGCGCUUUUGUCCUUAGACACAAACGGGGCUUCCAAUGGCAUGCUUGCUCCGACGUUCACCCUGGAUGGACGUGAACUGCCCCCAACCUCACCGCUAACCACUGAUUCCAAUGCAUUCGCACGGUAUGAUGUGUCCUCAACGCCGACCAUGUCUAAUUCGCUCUCCCUGGGCCUUGGAGAUUAUCUCCAUGCACCAUCGGCUACCAUACUGGCACGCCGUGUGUCAGUCAGUGCUGAGCCUAUCGCGGUAGACAGUGGUCACAACGAUCCACUCCCUGUAUACCCAAAGACAGCCGACCAACUUCGCCGCAUAAAAGCGUCCAUUGCAGGUAAUUUGGUUUUCCGCGAUCUCGAUGAGGAGCAGGAGACUGGCGUGCUCAAUGCAAUGCAAGAGCGCGAUGUCGCCGCAGAUGAUGUGAUUAUUCUGCAGGGAGAUGUAGGAGAAUACUUCUACGUCGUCGAAUCAGGACUUUUCUACUGCUACGUCCAUCCUGGACCGCUACCGCCGACUUGGUUAGCGGAUGCGGCAAACCAUUCCUCGCAGCCCGAAAAAUUCCUCCAGCCGGGAUAUCAUCCCGUCUUUGGUAGGAAAGCUUCAGAGCGCAUACCUGGAACUUCCUUCGGCGAGCUUGCCUUAAUGCAUGGUCAUCCGCGUGCUGCAACUGUGCAGGCAAUUGAGCCCUCUACUGUCUGGGCUCUUGACCGUAUCACAUUCCGCACGAUCAUCCUCAAAGCGGCUCACAGGCGCAGGACGAUGUAUGAGCAUUUCCUCUCAAGUGUUCCCCUUUUGUCCUCCCUUGAGCCAGAAGAGCGUAGUAAAAUAGCAGACGCCUUGGUCACCACAGUAUACCCCGAUGGAGAAGCGGUUCUUCGGCAGGGAGAGAUGGGAGAUACUUUCUUCUUCGUAGAGGAAGGCGAGGCUAUUGUUACUAAGACACAACAAGGAGAGGAGGGUGAGUACCGCGAGAUUACAGUGGGCCGGCUGAAAAAGGGUGACUAUUUCGGCGAGCUAUCUUUGCUCAGACUCGAGCCUAGAGCAGCGACAGUAAGUGCGGUGCAUCGGACGGAUGCGUCGCAGUCGAAGUUGAAGGUCGCGGCAUUGGACACGCCUGCAUUCACACGACUGCUUGGGCCUCUUCGGGAGAUAAUGGAGAGAAAAGCUGGAGAGAGUUAUGGUCUUUCAUCCAGAUACAUCCAUUGAUGAGAGGGGGUUUUGGUGUAUUAUUCUUUCUUGACCUUAUAUACCCCGUGUCUUAUAGUGAAAUUAUUGUAUCUUCAACCGUUAUCGUCGUCAGGCACCCUUAUAUCAGACAUUUAACUCUGUCCGGGUUGUCUUAUACAUACGUAUUCGUGCCAUAGAGUCUUCCAGUCUCGUUGACCAUCCAAGUUGACGCUUACACCAUUGUUUUUGUUGAGUUGUGAUGCCAACAGUGGUCAAUUGCAAAAAGUGU